AUGGCCGCAGCCUCCUGCGCCAUUCGCGAUCGACUGAAGCAAGCUAACCUUGUCGUUGAGGUCUACGAUGCUCGAAUUCCCAUGUCGUCUGCCAACCAGGACCUUCAAUCUCACCUCUCCGCCAAACGACGCGUUAUUGCUAUCAAUAAGAAGGACCUUGCCAAUCCCAAUAUCAUGCCGGUCUACUAUGUUAAAGUUCUAGAGAAAGGCGAUACAUAUGAGAUAAUUGAAAGGAGCUUCCCUAAAAAGCAAAAGGUGAAGAAAGAUCCUUCUGUGAUUGAGAGGGAGGAAAUGGAGAAAAUUGGAGAAGUAUGGGUCAAUAUUGUAAGAAGAGACAUGCCAAAGCAUCAUAGGAAUUUUACAGCUUUUCAUAGGAAGCAACUAAUUGAUGCCAAGAGGGUUUCAGAAAAUUGUCAAAGAGAGGUGAAAUUGAAAGUGAGUAGAUCACUUAAAUUGAUGAAGGGUGCUCCGAUUCGCACAAGGAAGAUAGCUAGGGACAUGCUGCUUUUCUGGAAGAGAGUGGAUAAGGAGAUGGUAACUUUCAAAAAUUUUUAA